AGCUUCCAUUUCGAAACCGGUUUCGCUUCGAUACACUUCUAAAUUUCCCUGAUCAAAUUUUUUAAGUUAAAAAAUCCACAAAAUUUUGUACUCUUUUAGUCUUUUUGGUUAAUUCAAGUCGAAAGUUGAACAUGUGCUCUCCGUGCGGUCCCUGCAGUCCCUGCGAUCCUUGCUGCGGUCCUUUCGAAUGCUCCCCCAAGUGCUACAAUGCGGCGCAAUUGGAAGCCUUGCCACAAUGUGCUCCCCGUAUCCCGCCACCCUUUCCCAAAUGCAUCACCGUGCAGCAACCACCCCGUAUGAUCUGCAAGAAACGCGUGGUCUUCACGGAGAAGAUAGUGCCGGAGCCAAUGGUGGUGAACCGAUGCCGGCAGAUCACCAUACCAAAGGUUGUUGAUGCCACGCGGGUGAUCAAGGUGCCCAAACUGAUUUGGGUAUCGCAGAUGGUGCGAGAGCCGAGAGUCAUCUACUAUCCAUCGAUGAUUCCUGAUCCCUAUGUGGUGUGCUAUCCCAAACGCGUUUGCGAACCACGCGAGGUUUGCCAGUCGAUCCUGUGCCAGCCGAAGCCCCAAACCAUCGACAUUCCUCCUCCGAGGGAGUACUGCUGCUACCCGAAUGGACCCAUCAACUACAAGCCCAGUGCAGCCUGCCCACCCUGCCCCAUUGGACCAUGUGCUCCUGGCGGAGCCUGCUGUCCGCUACCCUGCUUUUCCACAAACCAAUACCCAGUGGCUGAGGGCAGGUGCGGACCAUGUGGACCCUGUGGACCCGGAUGCGGACCUUGCGGACCCUGCGGACCUUGGGGACCAGGAUGCGGUCCUUGCGGACCCUGUGGACCCUACGGACCAGGCUGUGGUCCCUGCGGACCGUGUGGACCCUGUGGACCUGGCUCCUGCGGUUUCGGCCCUUGUGGACCUUGCUGAUCUGGAAAACAAGCUGGAAAAAUGUACUUGACGUCUGCCAAAAACAUUUUGUGACAACUCCAUGUUAUGGAAGUCCACAUCCGCACCCAAUUAUAUGCCAGUCCAAAUCGACUUUGCAAGUUUCGUAAAUUAAAGAAGUGCAUUGAUACAACA